CCACCCGCUCCUCGCCGGAAGACGGCUCGCCCUCUGACCAGCCGCCCCCCAUGAACAAGUCCGACAGCAACGCCACAAAGCCCCAGGCCACCUUCCUCACAAAGCUCUACUCCCUCCUCGAACGCCCCGAAAACCAGCACAUGAUUCGCUGGGACCCCGCCGGCGAGCACAUCAUCGUCGAGCGGCCAGAGCAGCUCGCGCUCCAUGUCCUGCCCUCCAUCUACCGCCAAUCGCGCUUUGCGUCCUUCUCCCGGCAACUAAACAUCUAUGGCUUCAUGCGCAAAGUCAACCUCCGCAACGUCGACCCCGCCAUCGACGAUCCCGACGCCUCCACGUGGUCCCACCCCACCCUCAACCGGCACUCGCCCCCAGAGGUAGUCGCAAACUUUAAGCGUCGCGUCCCCCCUCGUCUCCCAAAGCCCAGAAAGCGCGUCGAUGAGCAACAGAUGCCCAACGCAGCUCCCCGCUCCGCCACUGGUCUUGGCUCAGGCGUCCCUCUCUCCAUUCCCUCUGUCGACAUGAACCAGUCCUACAAGGCCGGUGGUCGCAAUCGCGGCUUUUCUGCCCCCGGCUCGUAUACCCCUCUCCCGCAGCCGGGCAACUCCUGGGCCCCGAGCAAUUACUCUCGUCAAGCUCUGCCACCGCUCACCGUCCCCUCCGACCCGCCGAUGUCCCACGGCAUGUACAGCAACUCGCCUCACUCGCUCCACCCCAUACCCAGCGAGGAAAAUGGUGGCCCCGGGUACAACUCCAUUUCGUCGUACUCGACCUCGAGCCGCGAUUUGAUGGUCAACCCGGCCCAAUACCCCUACGCCGAGCAGAACUCGUGGUCCUUCUCGCCCGUCAGCAGCGGCAGCUCGUCCGCGACCUCUGGCAGCCUUUCCUCCCUCCUCAACCCCAGCAGCUCGAAUUAUCCGCCCACCCGUCCGACCAUCAACACCAACUACGCGCCUUCCUUCUCCUCCAUGCCCCAGAGCGCGUCGUCUCUUUCGCCCGAUAGUCGCCCCGCGACCGGCUACUCUGUCUCCUCCAUGGGGUCCAUCUCGUACGACGACACGACUCCGCACCAUUACGACUCGCGGCCCGGGUCUGGCUACGCACGGCCGCUGACGCCCACCUCCUCCCGUCCAUCGUCCUCCAAGGCGAACUACUCGACCACCACUGGCUCGCUUAGCAUCCGGCGCCAAAGACGCCACAGCCAAGUCGUCGGACCAUACCCCACUCCAUACGACCACAUCGAUGACCGGGGGUCCUCAUCGCCAUCGGACCAUAUCGACGAGGAGCAUUCCAUGCACCGCUCGCGCAGUAUGAUUCAGCUCCCCUCCGUCGACCCAUAUGCCAACUUCAACUCGUCGCAGCCUGACUUUGCGUACACGGUCCCGUCCGGAGGAGGGUCGGGUGGCAUGAGCUCGAUGGAGGACGGGGCGUGGAACACUCGGUCAGUCAGGCCUUCGACGUCUGCAAGCUCAGUGUCCGCAGCCUCUCAAUCGUCGUCCUCUCAGGCGCGAACCCCGCCGGUGAUCGACGGAUACGCAGAGGCGGACGUCCAUCGUUUCUCGCCCGACCUCGGCUACGUCUCCAUGAGCGACCCGCUCGCGCACUACGCCGCGAAGGCCGGAGGGGACCCUUAGAGUGUUUACAGCAUGCUCGCAAUACCCGUCACCGUCACCGUCGUGAUGCGUGAUUUCUUUUGUCCUCCAUCUUUGUCUUUUUCUUCUCCUGUUGCAAUCUUUUUUCUCCUUUCUUUCCAGGACGCUUUUCUGUUAUCUCGUCGAUAAACUUACCACUUCCCUGGCUCUCCGUUCGUCGGCUACGGUUGCUUGUUUCCCCCCUUCAUGCUGAGUUUGGACUCGUCCGCGUUACUGAACGGGUUGGGCUGUUGAAAUGUCAUGGAACGCGGCAUGGUAUAUUUCCGUAUUCAGGAGUUCAAUUCCCAGGCCGUCGUCUGCGCCGUUUUUGCCUCGUCGCCCGUUGCUUUCCGUCCGUCCGUCCCCUUGUUCGUCGUCGUCGUCCCGUUGCCUUGGCCUUCCCAUCGCCGACUCCACCGAGGCGGGGUUCCAUCGAAGCAAUUGUUAUGUAUAUUUGUCGUCACACCCACCCCUCUCCUCUCUCCUCUCUUUGCUUUCGCUUUCCGGUUACCACUGCAAUCCCAAUCAUACAAUCGUCUCGCCGUGUAAUAUGGAUCUCAUCGUCUGCUCAACUCGCUCGCUUUUUUGCCUUCUACCUGUAUGGGAUAGUAUACCUUUUUCCUGUCUGUGUGUGUCCAAAAAGAUUUACCCUGUCAAUUGUACUACCCGUUGCCCUUGCAAACAC